GGCUUAUUGGAUAUCACCUUCAGCCACAUUGCUCGGCACCAGGAACAGCCCUGUCGCUGAGUCUGGAGGUGACCUUUGUUCUGCUCCGCUGUGCGCCCAGCAUUUUCGUUGAUGCUUUCAAGUUCCGUCCAUUCGCUCUCCUUCAGCCACUGCAGGGCAAGUGUCAUCCUGCAGACGCGGCGGGAAGUCUCAUCUCAUUAGCACUCAAUCCCUCAAGCAGCUGUUGCGACCGGCUACUAGAGAAAGCGGGUUAAAGUCGGUUCGCGUUGGAGACCGAACACACAGUACUGCUAAGUAGUAUCCCUGCGGGGCCUGCUAGUAGCACGUCCCUGUCCUGUCCCUCUCCGCUCCCCGGAUUCUGAAAAUCGUAUCGCAGAUCUCGAACCCACGGCUCCAUCUUCCUCGUCUUCCUCUCACCGCGCACUUCAGCCGGUUUCCAUCCAUCUCUUCUUCCUCUGCUUCCCAUCCGUUUUCCAGCCAUGUGAGCACUCCUACGGUCGGCGGCGCCAUGAUCCCCCAGACGCCUUCUCUGACUGUCCCGCCUGACAGUUCGGCUCAGCAACUUCUUCGCCUAGGCAAACCUUUCGUUGAAUUCCCGAGGUUCAGCAUCCUCGAGCUGCAGGACGAGAAAGACAUCGACGGCCAGCCGCUGCCCUUUUCGGAAUGGCUUACCAAACGUCUACAGCUCGGCCAGCCUUUCGUGAUCGCAGAUUUUGACAAGCUAGAUACCUGGCCGAAGACCGAUCCACACGACGGGAGUCGCCCCGGCUUUGGCAUUGAGAGGUUGAUCGAGCUGAGCACCAAGAAAAAUAUACCUAUCCGCAAUUGCAGCACAGGACGAGACCUAUCCUUUACACUCAAAAAGUUUGCCGACAGCGCAAGGCAGUCUUACCCUGAAUUCCAGAAUUUGUAUGCCCGGGAUCUGCAGUGUCCGCAAGAAUGGCUGGAACAAUGUCGCAAAAUUCUACCAACCGAGUUGCAAUGGGGUGGUCGCUUGGACCUGUUCCAGUGGCUGCCUCAAUGCGCGAGGAGCGAGGUCAUGAUGGCCUAUGUUGGGAGUGAAGGCAGCAGCUCGGGAUUUCAUCGAUGCUUCUCAAGUACGGUUGCCCUCAACCUUCUCGUGGAGUCGGACGACCGCCCGGUGGUCUGUAUCGGGACCGACUUUGACUCACAGAAGAAGUAUGAUUCUUUCAUGGCCGCUCGGGGUGUAUCACCUCACUUGGAUUGGCUCAAUCUGGGGACGGAAGAGCUACUGAAAGCCGACUUUCCCCUCUAUGCCUACGAUCAGCGCGUCGGCGACCUUGUCGUCUUUCCCCCAGCGACGGCUCAUCAAGUCUGGAACCCGUCCACACUAUCGGCCAAACUGGUCUGGAACAUUCUCCACCCGCUAUCUCUCGAGGUGGGCUUCGAAUAUGUUCAAGCCCCCUUCAACCGUCUAUGUCAUCCCGACGUUGCUCGGACCAACCUUUCUUUAGCAUGUGCCAUGUUAUCCCUACUACAAGACCACCAGAAUGUCACAAACGCGUCUUUACCACUACCUCCUGACCUCCCUUUGCUCUCGCGGCUGUUCCGACAGAUGGUCCACGAUGAAUCUAUCGAAGCUCAGCCGGCAACCCCGAUUAGUCUUGUGCCGAUCCAGACCGGAACCAUCGCAACGUGCAACUUCUGCAGCACCGCCAUAUGGAAUCGACACGUGCGGUGUACGCAAUGCGCUGAUUUCGAUCUCUGUCUGCUCUGUUACUUGAACGGCCGAUCCUGCGAGCAUUUGCAAUCAUAUGCCUGGGCCGAGCUUAUACCCGCUGAGCUGUGUACCAGAGUACUGAACCGCGCCCGAGAGAUCCUCGGGUUUCAGCCAGAAGAGCCGCGUGCUUUGGACCGCCGGAAAACACUGGGGACGGCAGUGAAUGAACUCAUGCGGGCCAAAACCUCGCCCACGAUGAGACUAUGCCAUCUGUGUCGAAUCGAGCACCAGGAAUUCAAAGGUCGUCGAUGCGACAAGUGCACCGCCUUCUUUUGCUAUCGGGGUCUGUUCCGUCACUUUGACAAGUAUCCGCCAGAUGUUCUACGGCACAAGGGCAGCUGGGUGUGCCCCAAGUGCGAGGAAACUUGCAACUGCCGCUGCUGCCACUUCGCUACAGCAUACGUGAAGAGUGAGAAGCCGGCAAGCAAACGCAGAGUCAAAGCCUGUGAUCCCAGGGGCAAACAGAUGGGCUUUGCAGACAACGUUUUCGAUCAGAAGCGGGGACGUCGCGAGAGUCAUCCAAAUGGGACCACAAGCACGACAUGUUUACCAGGCUUGGCCACUAUUACGGGUAAAAAACGAACCAUAUCUUCCUCCGCCGAACCUGGACCUGCCACCCCAUUGAGGAGGAUUGAGUUGCCUACUCCAGAACCGGAUAAGUCAUUGAACGGCAAGUUAGGCGUCUCCCGUGACAAGUCGGAGCUCUUGACUGAGACGCCAUUUGCGGGAAUCAAUGGUACAUUGCCCACGCUUUUGCCUAGCAUGAAGAGCUUCACGGACGGUACAGAUCUCCACGGGGUACACAUUGAUGAGAGACACACCAGGGUGAGUGCAUCUCCAGGCAUGGCGUCGCUUGCAUCAACGGCUGUGACGAGAGGGCACUUGCAGUCAACGCCCAGUUACAGUGAGGACAACACGCUACCGCCGAUGCUUGGGCACAGCACACCCAAUAGUAGAUUUCUGCCGCAGCACAGUUCCAGGGGCAUCCUGGCCACUCCGGGACCUACUUCAAUGGCAUCCCCCUCCAAGUCCGCGGACCCCGGAGACUCCAAGGCUCCUGCUGCGGCUCUCGAUGCUUCGAUAACGGAACUCGAAGCUCGUGUGCGGAGCCUCCGGAAAUAUGAAGAAGAAUUCAUUGCGCUGAACUUGGACGACAGCAGGAAGAUGCUGGCUUCACAAGUGGCCGAGUUGGAGAACCAGAUCAGGGCGAUGAAACGGGAAAAGAGCCUUUUGCUGAUUGAAAGGCUUAAAAAAGAAGGCUUUGGUGGACUGGCCGCGGUAGUGGGUAAAGAGGUUGGGCUGGGAAUUGACGCAUUGGGUGCUGGAGGGUUGUAAUUGAUCCCCAGGGUGCUAGCGACAUGGGCGGCCCAGAUGCUAUUCCGUGAGAGGAAGCCAACCGGCGUCGAUUUGGGUAUAGAUGAAUCGGCAGAUGUCGUUGAUAUUCGACACUCGACGAUGGAUGGUUUGUUUGUGCUUUACUUAUGGUGAAGGAAUAUGACGGCGUAAUAUGGGCGGGAAAGAAGGACAACAACCAUAAUGUACCAGCCAUUGUGAAGAGGAUACCCGGGGCUUGAAUCGGAAAUAGGGACAAACGACAGGAAUGAUAUGGGAUAUUUAUAUUUUGACAGAUUGCGGCCGCCUCUAUAGACCAUGCUUUUCCCCUGCGCACUUUGAACGACAUGAGUAGCCGUUUAUGACCAUAGAGUUAAUCUUCGAGGAUACAAUGGGACAGCCACGCAACUAUAAUGAGUUAUCUAGAAGCUAGUAGGCGA